AUGAAGCCAUCUCUUCUCUCUAUAAAAGACAUCUAUGAAGCCAUCUCUCUUCUCUCUAUAAAGACAACUAUGAAGCCAUCUCUUCUCUCUAUAAAGACAUCUAUGAAGCCAUCUCUUCUCUCUAUAAAAGACAUCUAUGAAGCCAUCUCUUCUCUCUAUACAAAGACAACUAUAAGACCAUCUCUUCUCUCUAUAAAGACAACUAUGAAGCCAUCUCUUCUCUCUAUAAAGAACCCUAUAGCCAUCUCUUCUCUCUAUAAAGACAUCUAUGAAGCCAUCUCUUCUCUCUAUAAAGACAACCAUAGUUUCAUCUUUCUCUAUAAGACAUCUAUGAAGCCAUCUCUUCUCUCUAUAAAGACAACUAUGAAGCCAUCUCUUCUCUCUAAAGACAUCUAUGAAGCCAUCUCUUCUCUCUAUAAAGACAUCUAUAAAGCCAUCUCUUUCUCUCUAUAA